AUGACGGCCUCCAAAGCACUGCCACUGAGUUUGGGAUUUUUAGCAUUGGCAAGUGAGACUGUCAUGCUUACCUUCAAUAUCAUCUUUUCAAUCACCAUUUCGAAAUAUGAUACGCCAAAUCGAGCAAGCGUAUCAUCUUAUGUCGCAUCAGGUCUUGGAGCCGUCACGGAAGCAUUACUGGUGCUACUGGUGAUCAGACAGACCAGAUGCCAAAACUACAUCCAAGACCAUGGAACCGGGCGGCUGCGAAUAUAUCUCUUCGCCGGACUUACCUCCGUAUUUACUGUAUUAUCAGCAAUAGCUACAGCACUAUCACUGUGUUUUAUGAGACAAGAUUUGUCUCUACUUCCAAUCAAAAUUCUUUCCUCUCCUGCGACAUCCAUGACGAUGGGUGGAUUCGUUAUUUGGGCAAUAUCGUUGGCUUCGCAAGCUGUAUUUCUCAUUUGUUUGGUGGUAUUCCAAAGAAAAGACUUUCAUCAACAGAUUCAACCAUACAUCACCGAAUCGGAGCCACACGCUUCUUCAGAAAUGCAGGAAAGAUCACAACCUCACAGCGUACACGAAGGGUAUGGCUAUGAGAGAAACGGCUCAAUAGAGUCGAAGACUCAAUGGUCAACUGGAGGACGAUCUCGAUCAGGGUCAGAUCCCAAGGGCUCGAUCGGCUCGUUUCGAUCGACAGUCUCGCAUGUUGUGCGCCCAAUCACCUCGAAAACACGACUGAUUCAUUCCAACAGCCAACUCAGUAACAGUUUUCGACCACCUUCUAUCGAUUCGAUUCAGCGCGAAAUGAUUGUAUCGAUUGAAGACGACUUCGACUCCUGGAAUACAUCGGGUGUAGAUGCGCAAUCUCGACAAGUUAUCGAAUCAGCUUCACCUAGUCUUCCAAGGUUUCUCGAAACCAUUCCAGCAAGUCCCACUGGUAGCAGAAGUCCUAGCCCGGAAUUUCCGUUAGAUUUGGAACCACCAAGGCCGACACGAAGUCGAAGUUACAGUCCGGCCGCUAGUAUCAGGAGUGAGAGAUCCAUCUACCGAGCUAGGGUGGCGGCGAUGGGUACAGAGAGCACAAAUGAAGAAAAUAUACACCCCUUAUUUAGAUCCGACUCUCCUGGUCCAGCACCGUACACAACCGCCGAAACAAUAAUAACAGCUGCUCCCGGAGCUGGAUCGAUUACCUUAUCGGAUGUUCGUAGCAUCCGUUCGAUAAAGCGACUGAGAAGCGAAAGUCUGCCUCCACUCAUGCAUAACCCCAGUCUGGACAGCCUCCGACGAGCGAUAGAACAGGAAGAUAUGGAGAAUGCCGAAGAAGCCGAGAGUGAGCGUUCUCUAACACCACCUAUACCGGAAUGGAUAUUAGGAGCUGGACCGCGCUCCAGUAUGUCCGAGUACAACCGCAAGAAGGCAAUGUCUGAGAGUAAAGUAGGAAGGGCUGAUACGGCAGAGUAUUGA